GUGUGUGUGUGUGUAUAUGUGUGUGUACACUGGUGAUCACUUCCUCAGAAAGAGAGAGAGACAGUGUUGGCAUAUUGAGGUCCAGAGUAAAGGCUGAUCAUGACAGGGUUCUGAUGCGCGGCCCGGAUCCCCGGACACACGGCACCGCCCGGAUCCCACGGCUCAGCCUGCGGUAAUCGCGGGAAGGAGGAGGGGAGAGUGAGAGAGGAUCCAGCAGGAGCAGGAGGAGCAGGGGUGGAGGAGUUGAGGCGACCGGAGAGAAAGGCAGAGUGAGCGCGAGGAGGAGGAGGAGGAGAAGGAGGAGAGACCAUGCGAGAAUACAAAGUGGUCGUGCUCGGCUCGGGCGGCGUGGGCAAGUCCGCCCUGACCGUGCAGUUCGUCACGGGCUCCUUCAUCGAGAAGUACGACCCGACGAUAGAGGACUUCUACCGCAAGGAGAUCGAGGUGGACUCGUCGCCGUCGGUGCUCGAGAUCCUGGACACGGCCGGCACCGAGCAGUUCGCCUCCAUGCGCGACCUGUACAUCAAGAACGGCCAGGGCUUCAUCCUGGUCUACAGCCUGGUCAACCAGCAGAGCUUCCAGGACAUCAAGCCCAUGCGGGACCAGAUCAUCCGGGUCAAGCGCUACGAGCGCGUCCCCAUGAUCCUGGUCGGAAACAAGGUGGACCUCGAGGGCGAGCGGGAGGUGUCCUCCGGGGAGGGCAAAGCGCUGGCGGAUGAUUGGAGCUGCCCCUUCAUGGAGACCUCGGCCAAAAAUAAACCCUCCGUGGACGAGCUGUUCGCCGAGAUCGUGCGCCAGAUGAACUACGCGGCGACGCCGAACGGGGACGAGCAGUGCUGCUCCUCCUGUGUCAUCCUCUAAACACGACCUGUAGGAGCUUUCUUUUCCUGUUUUUGUUUUGUUUUUUAGUCUGAUUUUUGCCCGUUUGCAGGUAAAUAAACAACCUGAGACUCAACAGGACUUCCUUUAAGAACGGGAAGUUCUCUCUCUCUCUCUCUCUCUCUAAAGAAUCAUUUCUGGUGUUAAAUGUCAUCAGUAUUUGUUUUCGUUUUGUUUUUAGAAAGUGUCCUAUAAUAAUGUCUUGCACACGUGUAACACGAGGGGGGAAAGUGCACCAGUGUUUACAAUGACAGAAUACUUGAAUGUUCUGGGAUUGACACAAACCAACCCAGGGUCGUUUUUUUUUUUUUCUUUCAUCUUUUUUUUUUUUUUUUUAAUGUCUCCCUGGUGCCUAGGUUUUUUUUUUUUUUUACAACCCAAACUGAUUCACAAAACUUUUUUUUAAGCCUCUGGCCUGCUUUCGCAGGAUCACUUCCGGUUUUUCAGGCGCUGCUGCGGAUUGACACUUACUGGUAACAUAGUAGCAUCUGGUAACCAUGGAAACUAAUCGACGUCUUCGAGUCGGAAGUAUUUUUUUCUUUCAUUUUUCUUUUAUUUUUUAAAAUGUGAUGUUCGGAGUCUCGCGAGGAGGAGAAUAAUAAUAAUUGAUACACAAUUACGAACUUCACUUUGAAGUUACACAUGACGUCAUGGAGGAUUACGUUUUGCGACGACUCGAAGGAUCUGCAAAAAACAAACAAACACAUAAAACAACCUUGGGAUUCUUUUCAUGUUGAAUUUUAUUUCAAAACAAACAAACAAAAAAGAAUUCCGAAACCACACCAAUCAAAGCGACUUCUUUUUCUUUUGUUGUUGUUUGUUUGUUUGUUUUGUUUCCUUUAACUCAGCGUGCGCGAGGACCUUACUGUGGUGACGUAAGGACGUCGUGAUGACGCAUGCGUCGAGUGCCUUCCAUUUUUAGUGCCAACCUGAGAGAAGGUCUGAGGAAGUACUUAUUAAACUGUUACACUUUAACAAAAAAAAAGGGUGUUACAACGUGUUCAUAACGCCUCCUGUCAAAGGAAUCACCUUCUUUUUUGGAUCACAAUUUGGCCUUUCAUUGUUUUGUUUUUUUUUUUAUUUAAAGCUGGUCUUUUUUAUUAUUAUUAUUAUAAUUAUUAUAUUUUUUUUGGCCAAAAAGAUAAAUAAAUAGGGUAUACAAAUUACAGGUACUGGAGCUCUCGGAGCUCUCUUGACUCACACCGUAAUCCACUAUCUCUAGACCAGUGUUUUGUUUUAGUUUUUGUUCAUUAUUUUUUUAACAAACAAAAAAAUGUGAUGUAUGAUGCAUUUGAAAUUCUAACCUGAUUGUACGUUUAAAAAUGCAGAGCGGCUUUUUAACGGCUGCUCUGAAUGUUUAAAAAGACUUUUAAUACAAAUUGCAUUUUUAAAAAAUA